AUGGUGGAUAUUCUGCUUCAUACUUCUUUCUUGGAUGAUAUGGGGGAUCAUUCCAAAAAGAAGUCUGGAAUCGCAAUGUGUGUGGGCUGUGGAAGUCAGAUACACGACCAGUACAUCCUGAGAGUGUCCCCGGACCUGGAGUGGCAUGCCGCGUGCCUCAAGUGUGCAGAAUGCAGCCAGUACCUGGAUGAGACCUGCACGUGCUUUGUCCGGGACGGAAAGACUUACUGUAAAAGAGAUUAUGCAAGGCUAUUUGGCAUCAAAUGUGCAAAGUGCAACAUGGGCUUCUGCAGCAGCGACCUGGUGAUGAGAGCCCGGGACAGUGUGUAUCACAUGGAGUGUUUUCGGUGCUCGGUUUGCAGUCGACACCUCUUGCCGGGGGACGAGUUCUCUCUGCGGGACGACGAACUGCUGUGCCGGGCGGACCACGGCUUGUUGUUGGAGAGGGCCUCCGCAGGGAGCCCGCUGAGCCCGGGGAACCUUCACAGUAGACCGCUGCACAUCUCAGACCCUGUUUCCGUCCGUCAUCCCCCUCAUCACCGGAACCACGUGCACAAGCAGUCCGAGAAAACGACCCGGGUGCGGACGGUGCUGAACGAGAAGCAGCUCCACACCCUGCGGACGUGCUACAACGCUAACCCGCGGCCUGACGCUCUGAUGAAGGAGCAGCUGGUGGAGAUGACCGGCCUGAGCCCCCGGGUCAUCCGCGUCUGGUUCCAGAACAAACGCUGCAAAGACAAGAAGAAGUCCAUCAUGAUGAAGCAGCUGCAGCAGCAGCAACACAACGACAAGACCAAUCUGCAGGGCCUGACAGGCACAGCUCUGGUGGCAGGAAGUCCCAUCCGACAUGACAACACGGUGCAGGGGAAUCCUGUGGAGGUGCAGACCUACCAGCCCCCGUGGAAAAGCCUCAGCGACUUUGCCCUGCAGAGCGACCUGGACCAACCAGCCUUCCACCAACUGGUGUCUUUUUCUGAAUCGGGCUCUCUUGGUAACUCUUCGGGCAGUGACGUGACCUCUCUAUCAUCGCAGCUACCGGACACACCGAACAGUAUGGUGCCGAGUCCCGUGGACACGUGAGGAGAGGCCUCGAGGUCAGCUGGAGCCCCGGAGCGCGCGAUCAGGACAAGCGAGAAAAAGCAGCCGCGAUGGCGGAUUAUGCUGGAUGAUAAAUUAAGAUUUCGACUGGAAAACUGGAGAUCUGCCUGUCACCUGGACUUUUGAGCUCAGUGUUUGCUCAAGGACACCCCGGCAGGUUGUUG